UGAAGACAAUCGCGAGUUUAGUGACUAUAAUACUACAAUUAUUCAGCGACAAAUUAAGUUAUCCGUGUUUUCAAUAAACACGCACAACAACUCAACAAACGCCGCUAAAAAAAAAAAACAAAAAAAUCAUAACAGCGUCCUUAGCGCAGCUUCUGAACUAGCCAGCCGGUGGACUCAUGCUUAUCAAGCAAACGCUCCGAGUACCGCGUGCCACAACAACCCACAAGCAGCGCGUCAGGCUGUCAACCAGCGUUGCCUAACUAUCAGCUGCUCAUCAGCAUAUCAGUCGUUGCGGAAGCUUACGCCAGAGCAGUUCUAACAAAUCURUCCAAAAGCAAAGUAAUCGAUCAGCAGCGCGCUCAACAGUGAGACAUAAAAACUGUAACAGAAGUAAAACACAAAAAACGAAACCACAAACAAUAAUUUGCGUUUCGAAGCCAAUCAGUCGCUCGGCAUGUCUGUCACAUCGUCCGUCUUCGUAACGUACGCAAACACACACACAYAGCACUGCAAGCUUGCGCGCUAGUACAACAAACCAACAACCAACCACCACCACAACUCAGCCUCCAAUUGUGCUGUGGCAACAACAGCAARCACCAUCGCAAAUAGGCGUGCUCACUCGCACCCACAGCAUUUAGGGCUGGCAUUCGGCUGGCUAUGCGUGCGUGCGCGCUCGCUGCAUGUGUGAGAGAGAGUAUAGGCGCUGCUUGGCAGCUCGUUUGACAGCCUUAACAGUUCAAUCUGCAGUGUGACUGCCUAUGACUGUCGCUCAACGYUGCUGAAGUCGUCAUCGUUAGCCUGGAGUUGUCGCUUCGCUGGGACGAUAAGCAACUGUGAUUAGUUAAUUUACUCGUUGCGUUCGCCGUGAACAGACGUGUGCGUCGCAGUCGUGUGUAACAGUAGUCGGAAAGCAAGCGAGCAAACAAGCAAAGAAGAAGUAKAAAAACGUAAUAAACGUGUUUGCCUCGUCGACCAAGAAACAAGUGUUUUGGAGUGCAAGCAAAUUGGACCAACAUAGUGCAAACGUGAACGCCUACGGUUUACCGUUAAACAAAAAUAUAACACGAAUAUUUCAAGUGGCGAGUGUUCGAAUGCUAAAAAUACAUUACUAAAAAUUAUUAAAUUUUGAAAAAAAAAAUAAAAAAUCUUAAAAGAAAUAUUUGCGCGAUUAAGCYUCGUAUAUGCUCCAAUGCUAGUGUGACAUUUACAAAAACUUUCCAAUUGUGCAAAAUUACAAAAAAAAAAAAAAUUAUUAUACACCGCGUUUACCACAACGCCGCUAAAUCGCAGCCAAAAUUGCCACGCCGCUACCAAUGGCCCUAGAGGAUCGCUGCAGUCCGCAAUCUGCUCCAAGUCCACCUGGCCUACCGCAAUCACCGCACCAGCCGCAACGCCUCAGCCAACAACAACAGCAAAUACAUCAACUGCAAUAUAGCCCAACUGGCGUCAGCACCGUACUGGACAUGAGUCUGCAUACACAUCCGCCACCACCACCACCGCCACACGUAGCCGCGACUACUACAUCGCCCGCAAUGUUGCCACAUCCUGUAAGCGCAGCCAGCAAUGCCGCCGCUGCUGCCACACUCUAUCACCAACACCAGCAAUUGCAGCAUUUGCAUCAUCUACAACAAUUACAACAACUACAUCAGCAGCAAUUGGUGAAUGCUGCCGCUUUCCAUCAUCAUCCCGGUUUCGAUGCGGCUGCUGCGACCGCUUUGGCGGCGGCCAAUCAUGCGGCCACAUUGCAACAGCGCUUGGUGGCCUCGCCGGGCGCCACCUCUACACCGUCAUCUACACCCGCUUCGACUAUGACCAUCAAGGAGGAGGAGAAUGACUCGAUUAUUGGUGAUAGUUUUCAUGGUGAUGCGCUUGCUGGCAACGCUCAAAUGCGUGGCAACACAACGGAAGAUGAUGAUGCGGAGGAUGAGGCGGAAGAUGAAGAUGACGAUAUCGAUGUGGACGAUGUGGAUGAUGCGACACCGAGUGGYGCCACACAACGCACACCACCACCCGCACAUCAGCAAUCCGCCAAACCGACACUCGCCUUCUCGAUCUCCAACAUACUUAGCGAUCGCUUUGGUGGCAACGAGGCUGCCAGCCGUAACAMUAAUGAGUCGCUUGGCGCCGGCGCCACAUUGAAACAAACACAUUUGCAUGCGAAUAGCAUAUUUCGUCCUUUCGAUGCGGCACGUUCCGCCACACCAUCUGCCUUUACACGCGUCGAUCUGCUCGAGUUCAGUCGACAGCAACAAGCGGCGGCCGCCGCCGCCACUGCGGCUAUGAUGCUGGAACGCGCCAACUUCUUAAACUGCUUCAAUCCCGCCGCCUAUCCACGUAUCCAUGAAGAGAUCGUCAAUAGUCGCAUGCGACGCAGUGGUGUCUUGCCACCAGCCGGUGCUCUGAAAACUGGUGAGUCCGCUACAAACGCUGCYGCCGUCGGCGGUAUGGGCGCUAUGGAAAAGUCCGCUUUAGGCUCACUCUGCAAGGCAGUCUCGCAAAUUGGUCAAACUGUCGCGGCGCCAGCUUGUUCGRGCGCCUCAUCAUCCGCGGCAAGCGCAUCGAGCAUAGCCAGUCCACCACCCGCUUCCAAUGCAUCUAGCGCGUCGUCGUCCACAUCGGCGGGCAGCUCACUAAAUUCRUCGCCCACCAGCCGCAGUUUGCCCAGCAAAAGCAGCAGCCCGCAGCCUAUACCGCCGCCAUCGGCGGUGAGUAGGGACUCUGGCAUGGAGUCGUCCGAUGACACACGCUCCGAGGCGGGCUCCACGACCACGGAUGGUGGCAAGAAUGAAGUGUGGCCGGCGUGGGUGUAUUGUACGCGCUACAGCGAUCGUCCCAGCUCCGGUCCACGCUAUCGUCGCCCCAAGCAGCCAAAGGACAAAACUACGGAUGAGAAACGGCCGCGCACCGCCUUCUCCAGCGAACAGUUGGCACGCUUGAAGCGCGAAUUCAAUGAAAAUCGUUACCUCACAGAGCGGCGUCGUCAACAGCUGAGCGCCGAAUUGGGUCUGAAUGAGGCGCAAAUCAAGAUUUGGUUCCAGAAUAAGCGCGCUAAAAUCAAGAAAUCCUCMGGCUCGAAAAAUCCACUCGCGCUGCAGCUGAUGGCACAAGGUCUCUACAAUCACACCACMGUGCCGUUGACGAAAGAAGAGGAGGAGCUUGAGAUGCGCAUGAACGGGCAGAUACCGUAAGCGUCACUCUAAAGAGAGAGAGAGGAGGAGUGAACUGGAAGGUUGAAGUUGACAGUUGAGAUGCGCAUAUGCUCUGAGCUUCGGGUAUUUCAAAUGUGACGACGCGUGCAAUAAUUAGGGUAGGGAGGGGCAAUUAACAGUUGCUAAAGCAUAAAGGUGUAAAAUAUGAAGCAUGAAAAUUAAA